AUGCGGCAACUCCUCGGCACCCGCGUACUCGAUGAUGCCAUCCUCCGCCAGCUUUCGUUGAAGCGUCUCUCUCUACGCAUCCGGGAAGUUUUAUCCGUCCUCUCCAACAGCUCGUUGGAUGAAAUGGCACUGGCCGCGGAUAAAAUGUUCGAAGCAAACCCAGCUUCGCAUCACAUCACUGCUUGCUCCAACCCAACCCCGACCACCCCUCGCUAUCCGCAGUCGAAGUCGAAGUCGCUCGACUACACAAACCCGCAGAAAUCACCCGCCAGCCAGCUCCAACCCUCAACAUUGCUGGUGCCACCAACAAUUUGGCCCCAGAGCCAAGAAAUGCAUCCCACCAUGUUUGUUCACCUCAUAGAGAAACCCCGAAGUCAGACAGUAAUGACGGUCCCUGUUUCCGGAAUCCUUCCCAGUCGUCUUUUAUUCACCCAAGACCAAAGCACGGGUAUACGAUUUUUGAUUGAUACCGGAGCUGAACUGAGCGUGAUUCCGCGUGCGGCACACUACCGCCACCUUCAACCAACCACUGUCACCCUACAAGUAGCCAACAGUAGUCGCAUUCACACCUACGGCCGUCGCUUCAUCACCCUCGACCUCGGUUCAAGACAACAAUUCAGGUGGACUUUCACCAUCGCUGAUGUCCACACUGCAAUCGUUGUGGUUGAUCUUUAG